UGUUCUAGAACCGUUCUCGCCCCAGGUCUACCAGCCGUUCAGUUCAGUUACCAGCCGUCCACUCACUUCUGUUUUGUUUGGCUGUCGGAUAAUUCAAGUCAAAGGUUAAGAACUUAUUUCAACCCAGAGCAGAUCAACAGAUCAACAGAUCAACAUGUCCUCCUCAGAUUUGACCAAAGAGGAGCUUGAAGAUGUCCGUGAGGUGUUUGACCUGUUCGACUUCUGGGACGGCAGGGACGGUCUGAUUGACGCGGUCAAGGUCGGUGACCUCUUGAGGUGUGUCGAGCUCAACCCCACACUGGCCCUCAUCAAACAGUGGGGAGGCACCGACAAGCCAAGUGAAAAACAAUAUUCGUACGAAGAGUUCCUGGCCAUCUACAAGCAGACGAAGAACGUCAAGGAGUGGGGAACGUUUCGGGACUUCGAGGAGGCUUUCAAGUCCUUCGACAGGGAAGGUCAAGGUUACAUCAGCGCGGCAGAGAUGAGGCAUCUGCUCACAGCCAUGGGUGAGAGGCUGACAGACGAGCAGGUGGAUGAGAUCAUCAAACUGACCGACAUCACCAUCGACCUGGAGGGAAACGUCAAGUAUGAAGAUUUUAUCAACAAAGUGAUGUUGGGCCCGAGAAUCUAGAUGUUUGUUGAUGUGGCUUUGAUGGUGGUCGAGACUUGAAGGAGGGCAGCUCGACUGGCCAGAUUUUUAAGACUUUCUCAACCAAACCCAUCAAUGGCUGUCUCAUCGUUUGGCCAAAUAACUUUUUCAUACCACGCUGCGUGCCACAGUUCAUCUAUCUCCUGUUUUGGUUAGAGGCUGCACAUUUCAGGCUGCACAUGUCAGUGGCUGCACAUUUCAUGGCGCUCCAGUAUGACGUAGCUUUACAUCAGGUAGCGGGCUGGAUGCAACCACCCGACACAGUCAAGGAAAUUGAAGGAUAAUUAAUUAAGCUAAUUAACUUCAAACCAAGCCGCUAGUCUGAUGAUUCCAGAAUUUAGGUCAGACAGGGCUGGUCUGCUUCUCCCCGUAGUUAUACUGGAACACACGCAAUGUUUUGGCGCCAAAAUUGUCUGAUUGUAUGAUGUCGUCUGCUGAUGUUUUCUGAUGAGAUGAAUACUAAACCUAAGCUAGAACAACUAUGGCUAACUUUAGCUAGCUUGGCUAACAUUGGCUAUGUUAGGCUAACACAUGUUAAGUUUAUGUAACAUUGGCUAUGUUAGGCUAACACAUGUUAAGUUUAUGUAAAUUAAUGCCUUACUGCAGCUUUGUCCGCUACGUGCGAUCAUAUUCCGCUAUUGACACAUUUUUUUUACAUCAUAUUCCGCUAUUGACACAAUUAUUUUUUUACAUCUCUUGAGGAAUGGGACCAAGUGGGUUUUUUGCCUGGAAAUUCCAAUAGACACGAUGUUGCACACGACACAAUAUUACACACGACACAAUUUUGCACACGACACAAUGUUAUUCGCCUUCGUAUCUGUGAUUUCAAAAUAUCGGAAGUAGAGUUCAAUGAAAUGAUUUUUUUUACUGCUAGAUGCAUAUUUUAAUGUCUAAAUCAUUUUCCAAUUGAAAGAAGUUAAAUAUGUAGAAAAGACCAGUUUACCAAAAGGAAGAUUGUACCAUUGGAUUCUGUCUUGAAUAUUUUUACCAAAAAGUAAAAUAAUUUUUUAAACAUUUGAUUGAAUUUUCCUCUAACCUUGAUCCUGGAUAAAUCCUUGACCUUUCAUCUCCACAUAUAAACUGGCCACUAGUUUUUUUUAAACCAGCUAGAACUUUAGGCCAGAAAUAUUUGUCAGAACAUGUCAUGUCAGAACAUGUCAU